CCCGAGCCGGGGCCGCGACGGGAAUACGCCGGACGCUCCCCAGGCUCGAGGAGACGAGUCUCGUCCCUGCCGACUCGCUGGACCUUCCUGCGAGCCCCGACAUCAGACUUGUCAGUGUGAUGGGUCUCGGAGGGGAGCCCAGCGUCGCCUCCCCGUUUGCGGGCAUCGGGAGCGCCCAUUCAGCGCAGGGCAGUUGAAUCCCGCUCGCGGCGGAGCAAGGAACCGGGACGAGAUUUAUUACUUCAUUCCUAGAGCGUCGCUUCCACCUGCGAGCGAGUUUGAGCAGCCGGCUCUGGAUUUUAUAUUUGCUUCUCUACAAACCAAGCUACCUUUACUGAAGUUCCCAAAGAUGUGACUGUUAGGGAGGGAGAUGAUAUUGAGAUGCCUUGUGCUUUCCGAGCCAGCGGAUCCACCUCUUACUCCUUGGAAAUCCAGUGGUGGUACCUUAAAGAACCAGCCAGAGAGCUUGCACACGAAUUAGCCAUCAGUGUCCCCGGCAGCAGGAGCAAGGUAACAAAUAAGGAUGCAACCAAAAUCAGUACGGUCCGCGUCCAGGGUAACGACAUCUCGCACCGGCUGCGGCUCUCGGGCGUGCGGCGGCAGGACGAGGGCGUCUACCAGUGCCGCGUGGCGGACUACAGCGACGACGAGACGCAGGAGCACAAGGCCCAGGCGCUGCUGCGCGUCCUCUCGCGCUUCGCGCCGCCCGACGUGCAGGCGGCCGAGGCGGUCUCGCACAUCCAGAGCGGCGUGGCUCCGCGCCGCCACGCUCCGGCCGCACGGCCCACGCCACCGCCGGGUCCCGGCAAGCGCCUGCAGCCGCCGCCGCCGCCCCUGACCGAGGGGGAUACUUCCGCCGCCACUGCCACUGCCUCGGCUGCCGCCGCCUCCUCGGCCUCGCCACCGCCUGGGCAGGCCGCCAUCCUCCGCCAGCAGCACGGGUCAGGUACAGGACCUAUUUAUUCUACAGACCCACUCCUAUAUAUGUCCCUGUUAAUACUGCAUAAGCUUGUACAUUUAUUAGUAAACCACUGACAGACUGCUGCCUCCACUCCUCAGCCAAACAGAAAGGAACCUAUUUAAAAACAGAACAAAUCCCUGACAAAAAAAAAUUACCUACAGUUUUAAAGAUGGACAGAAAGAGACUGAAGCAGCAUGACAAAUUCUACAUGGGGGGAAAAACAUAUUUUUGGGGAUGCCACAGAAAGUAAACCACAUAGAGUCUGGAAACUAGAUGCAUUAUUCUAUGGUGUAAAGCCCUGCUCUGUGCAUGGCACUUCUAAUUUCUCUAUUUUAAUGUGAGUUUUGUUUUCUUUUCUAAACCUUUCCUCUGACUCUUCAUUUUGCACGAACUGUUGAGCAGUUAUCUUUAUGACAAUAUGUAAAGAUGUUGGGUCAAAGCCCUUCCUAAGAAAGGAAAUAUUUUUAGUAGAUUAUUGUGUUUAGGUUUUUUUGGAUUUCCUUUUCUUUUUUUAAUUAAAUUAUUUCUUUUGGAGACAUUUUAAUUAAGAAGGUACAUCUUACCAUGAUUAAUAUUCACUGUCAAUAAUAUUUAUUUUUAAAUGAAGGUUGGAAACAAGGUAAGACAUUUGUUUAUAAACUGUAUUGUAUAUUGCUGAAUAACAGUUGAAUAAAAAGAUUUUGAAAUAAAGUUUUUACAGAUGUGUGUGCCUGUCCCUGUCUCCUGCAACUGCCUGAGAAGGCUGCAUGCUGUGUACAUUCCCUGCCUUGUCACAGCACAGAGAACUGAGGCAAGGUGUGUCACAAAUUGAAUACAACUGA